AUGGUUUGUACAGCUAGUCAAUGUGUAUGUGCACAGAAAUCUACUUGCUCGUGUGGUGCUCGUCCUGCGUUACAGUGUACUUGUGAUAAAGCCGAUACUGAAAACGUCAAACCAAGCAAAUCUGAUGCAUGUUCUUGUGGGUUGAGAAAUAAGAACAACUGUACUUGUGGUGCUAAUGCUAAUUGUGAUGGCUCUAGAGCUGGUGAAACAGAUUUCACAAAUCUCAAAUAA